GAAAUCAAUAUAUGCAGAUUAGAGCAUGUUAGAGCUUUGCACCAUUUUGUGAAGGUUGUCUCAUCUGUAUAUGCUCAGGACGCCAUCUUGCGUUUUCUUCCUCCCGCAAACAGGCCUCAGCUCCAUCCGUCACACGUGUCUGGAGUCUUAUUUUUAGACGAAAAUGGGAGUCGACAUCUCGCACAGGUAUGACCGCAAAGUCAGGAGGUCCAAACCACGUUCUAAAGAUGUGUAUCUUCUGCUUUUAGUGAAGCUUUACAGAUAUUUGGUCCGACGUACUCGCGCUAAGUUCAACAAAAUUGUAUUGAGGCGUCUGUUUAUGUCCAAAACAAAUAGGCCACAGAUGUCUUUGUCCAGAUUGUCAAAACACAUGACAAAACCAAGCCGUGCUGGUAAAACUGCCGUUGUCGUAGGAUCCAUCACCAAUGAUCCUAGAUUAAUGGAUGUACCCAAGUUAUCAGUGUGCGCCCUGCGAGCUACAGAAACUGCUCGUGCCAGAAUUUUGAAAGCAGGUGGUGAAAUCAUCACAUUUGAUCAGCUGGCUUUAAGAGCUCCAACUGGAAAGCAGACAGUCUUAUUACAAGGUAAACGCAAGAACCGUGAAGCUUGCAAACAUUUCGGUAAAGCUCCAGGAGUUCCAGGCAGUCAUACGAAGCCAUAUGUGCGCAGCAAAGGACGUAAAUUUGAACGUGCUCGUGGUAGGAGGAAGGGCUGUGGUUACAAACGUUAACAUCCUCUUGUUUAUAUUUUUUUUAUAUUGUCAUUGACUAAAAAUAAACUAAUGUUUACUUUA